AUGACCACCUCUUACACCCCCAAAAACGUGGCAAUCACCGGCGGGUGUGGAUUCAUCGGGUCCAACUUUGUCAACUACAUUCACGAUGCCUGGCCCAACUGCAAUUUCGUGAAUAUCGACAAACUGAUUUUGAAUAGUGACACUCAGAAUGUGUCGGAGGCUGUGAGAAGCUCUCCACGCUACAAGCUGGUGCUCACUGAUAUCAAGAACGAGGCAGCGAUUUUGAAUGUGUUCGAGGAGAAUGAGAUCGAUACCGUAAUCCAUUUCGCCGCCGAUUGCACAUCGACGCGUUGCUACAACGAGACCGCCGAAGCUGUGCAGAACAACAUCCUCUCCUUCAUUCAAUUCCUCGACACCGUUCGUCACUACGGAAAGAUCCAAAGAUUCGUUCAUAUCUCCACCGACGAGGUGUAUGGGGAUUCUGAUCUGUCGGAAAAUGAGCAAGGCAAGGUGGAGAGCUCUCGGUUGAUGCCUGGAAAUCCCUAUGCUGCUACGAAGAUCGCUGGAGAGGCGUAUGUGCGAGCUUAUCAGAAGCAGUACAAUCUGCCAAUUGUCACUGCGCGGAUGAAUAAUAUCUAUGGACCGAACCAGUGGGAUGUCAAGGUGGUGCCAAGAUUUAUCGAGAUUGCAAAGGUCCGUGGGGAAUACACCAUUCAAGGAACCGGCAAACAACUCCGCUCAUGGCUGUUCGUCGACGACGCCUCCGCCGGCCUCAAAGCCGUCACGGAAAAAGGAAAGCUCAACGAGAUCUACAAUCUCGGCACCUACUACGAGAAGAAUGUCGCCGAUCUCGCGAAAACCAUUCAAGAAGAGGUCGACCGUCAACUCGACCGACCACACCAGCCACCGCGCUACAAGUCCAUCCCAGACCGUCCGUACAACGAUCUUCGCUACCUAAUCAGUAUUGAAAAGGCUAAGGAGGAUCUCGGAUGGGAGCCAACCACCUCUUUCGAUGAAGGCAUGCGGAUUACUGUAGCUUCUGCGUUAAAGGAGCAUAAACAUGUCAAAAUGCAUGUGGCCAUCUAUGGAGGAAAGGGGUAUGUUGGACAGGAGUUGCAGCAUGUGCUGAGAGCCAGAGAGAUACCGUAUGUCUUGGCAACAAAGAAGGUUGGAUUUGAUAGUGAUGAGGAGGUGGAACGAGAACUGGCUCUGUUGGGAGUUACCCAUGUGAUCUGCGUCACUGGAAGGACCCAUGGACCCGGCUGUAACACUAUUGAGUACCUGGAGGGAGGACCUGAUAAGGUGUUCAUCAAUGUUAGAGAUAAUAUGUACAGUGCCACCAUUCUGGCGCACAUGUGUCGGAAAAUCGGACUUCACUACACGUACAUUGGCACGGGCUACAUGUUUGCGUAUGAUAAGCAACACUCGAUUGGCGGCGCCGAGUUCAAAGAGGAGGAUGAGCCAACAUUCUUUGGCUCCGCCUACUCGGUCGUCAAAGGUUUCACCGACCGGCAGAUGAACUAUUUCAAUCAGAAUGGCUGGGAGAACCUCAACGUCCGAAUCACCCUUCCACUGUCUCUGGACUUGGACCAACCGAGAAACUUGCUCUCGAAAAUCAUCAAAUACAAGGAGCUCUUCGAUAUUCCAGUUUCCCUGACCAUUCUACCGGACUGUAUGAAUGCAAUGUGCAAUUUGAUGGAGCAAAGAACCGGGGGAACACUGAAUUUGGUGAAUCCAGAGCCAAUUUCCCUCUAUGAAGUGGUCAAAAUCUACAAGGAAAUUGUGGACGAGACCGUGAAUCCGACGCCGAUUGGUGUGGAGACGGAAAGGGCUCAGCAGCUACUGGCUACUAAAGGAAAUUGUGCAUUGGACACGGAAAAGCUUCAAAAACUGGCUCCGGUGUUGUCGGCGAAGGACAGCCUUGUCAAACACUUCAACGAGAUGAAGGCGAAUUAA